GCUGGGCUCUGGUGCUGCCCCAGGUGGAUCCAUGGAGGAGAUCCUUGGAAUAAAUCCCUGCUUUAUUCUGGGACUCCAUCCAGCCUCUGCUCUAGGGCAGCCUGCACAAGGCACUACAGGUUGCUCCUUGGAGCCUUUGUUCUCAUGGCUGGGCCUCCAGGGGGCCCUGAACAGAAUCUGGAAUUCUGGAAUUCAGCUGCUGGGGUUGUGUGUUGGGUGUGCUGCAGGUGGAAUAUUAACCAACACUUCUGGCCAUGCUUUAUUUGCUUUGCUCUAGAUGAAAGUUAUCUCAAGUUGCUUUUGUUCCUUUCUUUUCUGAAAGCACUUUGGGAAAGUUUUCCUCUGGGGUGCCUGCUCCUGCUUUUUUAUUUCAUUUUUUGAAGCCCUGAUUGAUUUCCCUUCUGUGAUAACAAAGUGUGGAGCAAUUACUGGAGUUUCUGAGAACUUUGUGAUCCUGAUGGAUGUGUUUCCUUUCGUGUUCACAUCGGGAUGCAAAGCAUGAAAAGAGAUGGUUUGCUGGGCAUGUCAAUUAGAUCCUGUCAUCUCCCAGCCUCUCAGGAUGGAGAAAAUUUGGGUUUAACUUUGCUCCUUGCCAUUGGAAUCUUUAUGAUGCAGAUGGUAGAAAAUGUUUUCAACAUCAUUGGAGCCUUUGACAUUCCACGUUACAUUUAUAAUUCCGAAAGAAAGAAGUUUCUGCCCCUGUCCAUGACUGACCUGCCUAGGCCGAGUUUGUUUGGGACUGCCAGGGACAAGGCGGAGCUGUUCCGGGAGCGCUACUCCAUCCUCCAGCAGAGGACUCACAGACAUGAGCUGUUCACUCCUUCACCAGUUGAUGCUCAUCCUGAUGAUAGCAAGAACAAAUUCCAGCUAAAGACAGUAGAAACUCUCUUGGGCAGUGCAGCUAAAGUGGCAGAAGUGAUUGUGCUUGGGAUGAUCACUCAGCUCAAGGAGGGGAAAUUUUUCCUAGAAGACCCCACAGGAGUGGUCCAGCUGGACCUUAGUAAAGCACAGUUCCACAAUGGGUUAUACACUGAAUCCUCCUUUGUUCUGGCAGAAGGUUGGUAUGAAGAUGAAGUUUUUCAUGUGAACGCUUUUGGAUUUCCGCCCACUGAGCCUUCUGCUACCACGAGAGCCUUCUAUGGGAAUAUCAACUUCUUUGGAGGGCCUUCCUCAUCAUCAGUAAAGGCUUCUGCAAAGCUGAAGCAGCUGGAGGAGGAGAAUGAGGAUGCCAUGUUUGUGUUUGUGUCUGAUGUGUGGCUGGACCAAGCAGAAGUGCUGGAAAAGCUUCACGUGAUGUUUUCAGGUUAUUCCUCUGCACCUCCCACCUGCUUUUUCUUCUGUGGAAAUUUUUCAUCUGCACCAUAUGGCAGGAAUCAGAUCCAGUCCCUGAAAGGUUCUCUGAAGGCUCUGGCAGAUAUUAUCUGUGAAUAUCCCAGCAUCCAUAAAAGUAGUCGAUUUGUGUUUGUCCCUGGUCCUGAAGAUCCUGGCCCUGGUUCCAUUUUACCAAGACCCCCCCUGGCUGAAAAUAUCACUCAGGAAUUCAGACAGCUGGUGCCAUUUUCAGUUUUCACCACAAAUCCCUGCAGGGUUCAGUACUGCACCCAAGAAAUCAUUAUUUUUCGGGAAGAUUUGGUCAAUAAAAUGUGCAGGAACUGUGUUCGCUUCCCAAGCAGCACCAUGGACAUUCCCAACCAUUUUGUGAAGACCAUUCUGUCCCAGGGCCACCUGAGCCCGCUGCCGCUCUACGUCAGCCCCGUGUUCUGGGCCUACGAUUACUCCCUGCGCGUUUAUCCCCUGCCAGACCUGCUGGUCACUGCUGACAAACACGACCCCUUCUCUGUCACCAGCAGCGACUGCCUCUGCAUCAACCCCGGUUCGUUUCCCAGGAGUGGAUUUUGCUUCAAGGUGUUCUACCCCUCCAACAAGACAGUUGAAGACAGCAAGCUUCAAGGACUCUGAAUUUCUGUGGCACUGAAAAAAAGCAGUGAACCCGUGGGAAGCCACCUGUAUUUUUUUUUCCAUGCCUUAGUUUUGCCAUGUAUUGUGGACUUUUUAUAAAAAAUGCCAAAGUCAAAACCGAUUUGUUUUGUACACAAAUAAACUUUUACAGGAAAAGA